AUGGGUGACCAAUUGGUGCUGAUGAUGAGGCAGCUGUCUACCUUCCUGGUCCAGCAACGUGGGGUCGUGGAUGAGGGCACCUGGCUUGGCAUGCUCAAGUCGCACAAGGAGACGUGCAGCAAUGCCAUCACGAAGAUAGCUGGGCUUACUCCGGCUGCUGCCACGGAAGUGAGUGCUGCUAUCUCGGCCGGGCCAUGGAGUGUAGAGCAAAAAGCGGAGGAUCAGCUGAGCAGCCCGACGAAAGGGGCUGCGAGGCCCCAACAGGGCUGUGCCAAGUUCGGGGCUUUCCUCUCCCGACAGGAUCGAGAGGUGUUGAGGGACCCCACAAAGAGCGAGGCACAGAAACUGGAGCAACUCGCGACCCGUUGUCUCAAGAUUGGCCUGGUCUUGCCAACAGAGUCGGCCAAAGGGGGGAUUCUUUGCUGCGGUGUCGCAGCAGGGCUGGUGCUUGAGACACCCCAAGCCUUUUACGAGGCUCUGGGCAGUUUCAAGAAGAUACUGAAGAGGAGAGGGCAGCAGAUGCCCAGGACGAUUCACCUGACCAUGUAUCCAGACAGUCCUGAGCUCCUGCCAGAAGACCUGAAGAGCUCGUACGCGCAUGACCCGGCCGAGCCCCUGACCACGGAUGACAUGCUCUCGGUGAAGAGCAUCCAGACUUUGAGGGGCAACGCCAAGGCCUUGGUCGCUUCCAAAGGCAGCCAAGCUUCGGGAUCAAGGGCAAUGGUGCCGGCCACCUCCUCCAACCCCUUGAGUGGCCUGACCACGGGAGGCGAUCCAAUGACCAUGCUGUGUUCUGGCCUCAUGAACAUGUUCCAGAGCCACUUCUUGGCACAGAACGAGGGCACUGGCCCGGUGGAAUCGUUGGUCCAGAUGCACCCCACAGAAGCCCUUGCCAUGGAAGGGGAGCCUUCCAUUGAGGAUCAGCUGGGACGGCAUGACUCUGGAAAGCCCAGCAAGAAACCCGCCGCCAAGACCGUCAUGAAGAAGCCCGGUGCCAACAAGAAGCCCACACACAAGCCCGAGGACAAGGUGAAGGCCAAGGCCACUCCCAAACCCAAGACAAGCCCCAAAGCCAAAGCUUCCAUCAACCCCAUCGUCAAGAAGAUCACGAAGAAGUCCGGCUGGCUCGUGGAGUAUCGUCGCAAGAGCACAUGUGGCAGCCUCUAUGGCAAAUGGGUGAGUCCGACCGGCGAGAUCUACAGCUCUGGAGUGCAGGCAGCCCAGUACGGGUACGACCCUAACGAAGAAGACAAGUGA